AUGAGGCAGCAGUGUGCCCAGGUGGCCAAGAAGGCCAACGGCACCUGGCCUGGAUCAGGAAUGGUAGCCAUCAAAAGGGUGCCACGGAACCGCGUCCAUCACUGGGGUGAGCUGGUCCAGCUGCUGGAGUGGGUUGAGCUCCCCAACGACAUCUUCAUGGUGCUGGAGCGGCCGGAGCACUGUCAGGACCUGCACCAUUUCAUUCGGGCACGGGGCUUCCUGUCCGAGGGGGUGGCGCGGCAGCUGUUCCGCCAGGUGCUGGAGGCCGUGCGGCACUGCACCAGCUGCGGGGUCCUGCACCGCGAUAUCAAACCAGAGAACAUCCUGGUUGACCUGGCCACCGGGCAGGCCAAAUUGAUUGACUUUGGCUGUGGCACCUACCUGCAAGAGACAGCCUACACUCACUUUGCAGGAACACCAUCAUACAGCCCCCCGGAAUGGACCCGCUUUGGCUGGUACCAUGGCGAGCCAGCUACCAUCUGGUCCCUGGGCAUCCUGCUGCACGAGAUGGUCUGUGGGAAGAUGCCUUUCAGGAGGGGCUGGAACUUC